GUGCACCUUGAUUACCUGGAAAAUGGUGCAGAUAUUAUAAUCACAGCAUCUUAUCAGGCCACUAUUCAAGGCUUUAAAGCAAAAGGCCUUUCUGAGAAAGAAAGUGAAGACUUGAUCAGAAAAAGUGUUGAAAUUGCUCGGGAGGCCAGAGAUGUGUACUAUGAAAGAUGUGCUGCCUGCUCUUCGGGUAUCGAUGCUGAUGGUAGAAUCUUCAAGAAACGCCCUAUUCUAGUCGCAGGUUCAGUGGGGAGCUAUGGAGCUUAUUUGGCUGAUGGGUCAGAGUACAGUGGGGAUUAUGGUGACGCGAUAACCUUGAAAUAUCUCAAAGAUUUUCAUCGGAGAAGAGUGCAAAUUUUAGCAGAUUCUGGUGCUGAUCUCAUUGCAUUUGAAACAGUUCCAAAUAAGCUUGAAGCUAAGGCUUAUUCAGAGCUUCUAAAAGAAGAGGACAUAAGUAGUCCAGCAUGGUUUUGUUUUAACUCCAAGGAUGGAAUUAAUGUUGUCAGUGGUGAUUCUUUGGAGGAGUGCAUUUCUAUUGCUGAAUCAUGCAGCAAGGUUGUUGCUGUUGGGAUCAACUGUACCCCGCCCAGAUUUAUACAUGACCUGAUAGUAUCUGUUAAGCAGGUGACUACAAAACCAAUUAUUAUAUAUCCAAACAGCGGGGAAACUUACGAUGGUAUCCAAAAGCAGUGGGUGAAAAAUACAGGGGUUACAGAUGAAGAUUUUGUCUCAUAUGUGAACAACUGGAUUGAGUCAGGGGCUUCCCUUGUGGGUGGUUGUUGUAGAACAACCCCGGCUACUAUCAAAGGGAUAUACACCACACUCUCAGUUAGUCGAUCAGUGAAUCUUGCAGAGGACUCUGAAGCAUCUGAUCAGAAAAUCUUGCAAGAGAAUGUCCGCUGAGGAGGCCAAUGUGCAAACCAAUCUGAUUUUCAUGUCAACAGUUAGUGAAAUGGGAAAAUGAGACACCACAUAUGGCUUGGUUAAUUAGUGAGAUUCCAUCAUGGUCAUGAAGCUUGGAUCAUAUACUUUUUUUGGAGGUAGCAACCCAACAGUGGCUGUUUCUCAAGAUUUUGUUAGAUAAUGGAUUUUUUAAAUUUCUUUCUAUAAAUACUAGGAUUUUGUCAAAUGGAAAAAUGGCUAGUAAUUAACAUGAGGUGCAAGUAGGUUGGAGAAUUAUGUACUGAUUAUAGUAUUUUGAGAACCAUCUCCCAAUGAAGUUAAAAAUGGUUGUCUAUGUAGUGUUUUAUUUUAUUAUUUCCUUUUCUUUUUAUCGCUCUUUUGGAGAAUGGUAUUGAUUAACUCUGAAAGUAACACAGGAAAAAGAAGGGUGGGAAAUAUAGUUUUAGUUCUAUAAA